GAUGAUAUCGUGGUAGCAGGAGAAAAUGCGCUGGUAUCCCUCUACGGAGGAAAACCUGGGGAGAAACUAGACGGCAUGCGCUACCAACGCUACUGUGAGAAACUGGCGACCAAUAGUUCUCAAAUACAGCGUCAGAAUCUUCCUCCGACGACAGCAGCAGCCAUGCCAGGCAUCAUAGCCUAAGAGUGUACCUGCAAAAGUAAUGAAGUAAUGGAAAGGCGAAAACGAAGGCAUGUCAUUGGAGGACUAUGGAUGGAAGGUGACGGAAGGCCAGGUACUCCCUCGGAUGACUGACCUACCAGCCGCACUGGAGGCGCUUCUGCAGAUGAUAAAGUGUAACUGCUCGUCAGAUUGCGCCAGCGCAAGAUGCACCUGCCGUAAACAUGGUCUAGAGUGUUCGCCUGCAUGUGGCCAAUGCAGAGGUACGGCG